UAUUAGUCGUGUCAGAAAACAAGAUGGCGGGCGAAGGGGAAAGCGUGGGCCAAGAAAAUGAAAUGUCUGGCGAACAGACGACUUCAAAUCAAGCAAUACCCCAGUCAUUUACGGUAGAAGUUCUCCAGUUAAUCAAGGAGGCACAGCAACAACAUGGCCUCAGACACGGUGACUACCAGCGAUACAGGAGUUACUGUUCAAGGAGAAUCAGGAGAAUACGCAAGUCUCUACACUUUCCACAGGGUGGUAAACACAGAGUCCAACCGAAGAAAAUCACUGUAGAAAUGAUGACAGAUCCAAGAUAUCUUCAGUUACCACUGUUCUCUGCAGAGAGGGCGUGGGCAUUUGCAAUGCAGCUCCAGUCAGAAGCCAACACAGAGCCAAGGAAAAGGUUCCAUUUAAUGUCGCGUCUCAAGAAGUCUGUGCAGCAUGCAGAUGAACUGAAUGCCCUCAGUGAAAGCCCCAAGUGUGAUGCCAGGACAAAGUUGGAGUGUCAGGCCUACAAUGCAUGGAUCAAAGGUUCACUCUACUUUGAAUCCUCGAGUUGGGAGAAUGCUAUGGAACAGUACACAAGUGCAAAGACGAUCUAUGAGAAGCUGUCUGGAGCUCUGACAGAGGACCUGCAGGUGUUGUACCAGUCACGUGUGGAGGAGAUCUCCCCCAAUAUACGCUACUGUGCCUACAACAUCGGGGAUGAGUCCGCCAUUCGGGACCUCCAGAACAUGAGGCUCAAGUCAGGAGAGGACCAACUCACAUCAAAACUGGAUGAUCUGCUGUCUCAGACCCGAGAAAAGCAGGCAGCCACAUUGUCCGAGAUAACGUGGCAGGGACGGACAGUGCCGGUGAAAACUGAGUCUGUGAGGGUGUUCCUCCUCAACAUACAGGAGAGCUCCAAGGAGCUGGAGUCAGCAGAGAAUAAUGAGACUAAAGUGUCCAUUUAUGAGUCCUUGCUGAAGGAGUGUAUUGAUGCCCAGCAGGCUCUGCGAGAUGCUCUACAGGAUGAUCAGGUGUUUAAAGCUGCAACUCGUGGCCAGCCAGUAGAAGGGAGGAUCUCCAACCAGCACUAUCUCCACUCAUACCUGACUUACCUGCGGCUCACCAAGACCGUGGAGAGAAACCUGUUGCUAAUAGACAACCUCCAGAACUACCUGCCAGGGAAGGUGGCAGAGGAGGGCAGGAAGAUCACCAAGCCUCAAGACCUCGUUAGACUGUAUGACAUCAUUAUUCAGAAUUUAAAUGAUAUACCCAAUCUUCAUGGGUUAGAAGAAAGUCCAUCAUUGUUCGAGGAGAUCACAACCAGAGUCACAAGUUUUAAAGCAUUUAGAUCCUUUUACAUUGCUCAGUCAUACUCUGCUGCGAAGAAAUGGACCGAAGCCAUAGCCUUGUAUCAACGGACAAUCAGCAAUGCUGACAAGGCAUUGUCUGGCUACAAGAAGCUGAAACCCCAAGGGAUGUUUAAGGGUGAAGUAGCCAAGUUGAAUGAACUGGUGAAAGACGUCAACGGGUUGAUGUAUUCCUGUCAUGCCUCCAGUAUCUUGAAGACGGAUGAUACUACGGACAGCCUUGGAGUGCUGCCAUCUAGUGACAAGAGGCCUCUCAAAGAUCGUUUGGACACAUUUGCAGAAGAUAGGUCUUUAACCAGCAAGAAGCCCAAUAUUACAUCGUUCCCGCCAGAUUUCAAGCCUAUUCCUUGUCGGCCCUUAUUCUUUGACCUUGCGUUGAAUCACUUGGAGUUCCCGUCUCUGGAGGAGAAGAUGGAGCAGAAGAAGGCAGCAGGAGGAAUCACAGGCUUCGUCAAGGGCUGGCUGUGGGGUGGGGGCAAGAAGUAGAUGCAUGAAUGGACAGAUGGAUGAAUGGGGUUGCUUGUACUGUCGGUGUAUCUAAGGAGAGAAAUAAACCUGAACCCUGUUCCAUUAAGUGAUUUUGGCGCUGUGAUUAUCGUAAGCCAAUGUUAAAGUAUGGGUUUUACAAUCAACUUAGCGCUAAGAACACUUUGUGGAAUGGAGUUAAGAUGCUUUUAAGCCUUAAAUCAGUGACAGUUGUCAAACAGAUGCUGUAUGUUUAUAAGUCCUUAAUGGAAGAAAAGAAGAUUGCAGAAGAUUUACCAUUAUGUUGAAACAGCUUUCUAGUGUCAGACAGCUUGUCUUGGCCAUUUGCAGGGGCCCCUGUUACCCUCUGAUUGAAGGGUAAUAGUUCACUGUGCAGAGUUGCUUUCUUUAGCUGUGGCAGGAUCUGCUUAUAUAAAUCAAAUGUGAGGAUAACGUUUGGUUAUGAUAAUUAAUUUAGCAGCAUCGUAUCCUUGCUAGCGAGUCUGCAUUACUUUGAUCUCUGUCACUUUGCAUAUGACAGUGAUAGUGAUAAAUGGAACUGUAUCGUAUAUAUAAACCAUGGUUAUAAGCUAUGCAGAAAAGUUGAUCAAUCAAGAUCUGUUCACCUGUAAAGUGAAUGAUUGGAUGUUAAUUACAUCCAGGGCCAUAUUUCAUUAUGAAUGUUAAAGGCAUGUCAGUUAUGAUAUAAUUUCACACUUCAUUUCUUUCCUGUUCCUUUAAAAACACUAUCCUGACUGUUGUUGAUGUUGUCAUGGUGAUGCUGCCUUACAUCUCUUACGUCACAUACUGUUCCCUGCCUUUUACCUGUGUGUUGUCUUGGAGCGUGACAUCGUGUUCACUCAAGUCACAAUAACUGUCCAAAGGAAAAGUUAUCCUAAAUCAUGGCAUACAUUUCUAUUUUAGAUCUCGCAAUUUUGUGUGAAGGGCUCGACUUUCUUUGUUUUGUAUUUUGUGGCACUGGAUUCAUGCUCAAGGAAGAAGGAUUAGCGAACAAAGACAAAAUGCUUUUGCAGGAGGUAUGGCAGUUUCUGUGGCGAAGGACAUCAGUGAACAUGUUAGCCUGUUAGAUUUGGGGAACAGAGUUCUGACAUUGUGAACUGCACAUGUUUGGAACUUCAUUUAAAACGCAAAUAAAGUGGCUGAAGAACAGACACAUUUUUUCACUGUCACUGUUAUUCAUCACUAAGUUACCUCCCUUGAACAGGUGGCCCAAAAAAAUCCUAUCAAUUAUCAUUUCAUGUCACAAAUAAUGUCCUUUCAGUUUUAUAGAGAACAUGAAGAGUUUGACAUUUCAUAUUUUCAGACUACCUCAAUGUGAAACAUUACUAAUCAUUACUAAUGUUUACUGACAUUUGUCUGGUGGAGAAACCUUUUGUUGAACCAUGAUCUGUGUUCUACGUUUUGUAACAGUCAUUUAUCUUACAAUACAUGAGACAGAACACUGUAAUAAAUUUAAUUUAAUUUAAUAAGUUAACAUUACGUGCAGGCUCUUUCUAGUUGUUUUCAGCAUUGCUGGAUCAUUAUCUACUUGAGAACAAAAUGUUAGCUUCAAAAGAGUUAAACAUCUCGGUGCUGUUGUAUAAAACAAUCUUAGCACUAAGGUGACCUUAAGUCUAUAAUAAGCAAUGGGAGUUACGGUUGCCUGAGCGCUAAGAUCACUUUGUACAAUGCCCUGAAGCUAUGUUUUGUAUGGGGGCGGUGGGGUAGCCUAGUGGUUAAAGCGUUCACUCGUCACGCCGAAGACCCGGGUUUGAUUCCCCACAUGGGUACAAUGUGUGAAGCCCAUUUCUGGUGUCCCCCGCUGUGAUAUUGCUGGAAUAUUGCUAAAAAGCGGCGUAAAACCAUACUCACUACUCACUACGUUUUGUAUGUAUCCUUCCUUAAAGUGACAUGUAACAUUGUAUACAACGUAUUGAAUUAUGAGUCAAUAUUGGUGAUGAUUUCCUUUGACCAGUGAAGCCCAUACAUGAUACCUCCAGGUGGUUAUGACAUUGUAAGUGUUAAACAACAGUAUUAACAGCAGCAUGUUGGUUUGAUCUUACUCCAGAUGUUUCCUGACUGACUUGAUAUUUUUGUGUCUUCUCAUUUGGACUUGCUUUUGUACUGAUGUAUAACAACAUACUACAGUCUGAACAGUCAGUAUAAGAAUUUGGUCUUCAAGAGUUUGUGCAUGAAUGACUUCUGAAUCGAUAUCUGUCAGAUCUUUAGAAUGUUCUUUUUGUGUGAAUUAUGCAAUUGUAUGAAUGCUCUUUGUGAAUAUGUUAAUAUGUGUACAUACCGUAGUCUGUGGCAUCCUGGAAAGAGAAGCUAGUAUAUUACACACAUACCGUAUUGACAGCUGAGAUAAGGCAGCCAGUUUUGCAGAAGUGGUUCAUAAUUUGCAGUGUCCUAUUUUAAAGAAAUGAAUAGUGCAGCUCCUCCAUAAAGUGACUUUUCACACAUUCAGGACUAUUCCAUGAACAUUACUAAAGCCUGAACACAAACUAGUUGUCUAAUGAACUGAAUUGAAUGAGUUGGUAAUUUUAGCACCAUGACUCUUAGCCUCUUCGGCUGUAUCAUGCACUGUUGGUAGUCAUGCCGACAAGUUGAAGGCAUUCUUUUCCAAUUCUGCCAUAUAGUUGCUGAACUACAGGCAUUAUCCUCAUUGAGAUGGACGCAAAGCGUGACAUUCUGUGUUUCUAUGCAGCUUAAGCUUAUUCUAAACAGCAAAGUUGCCAGACUUGAAAUUUGUGAAUAUUAUAAUAAUGUCAAUUCAACCUAUGUUGGCCUUUAUUUUUUUAUGUUUAAAUCAGUGUGUAGCCAGAACUGGACAAUAGUGGAUUCCUGCAAUGUUCUGACAUGCCCCUUUUCCUGGUUUUGUGUCAGCUCCGCACCAGUUCUCUUGGAUUACAACCCAAUUGAAAUAUUUACAAAGAGGCAUUAACCCAUACUUCAUCUUUAUAAGGAAUCCAUUUGCAGUUCAAUAAAAUUCCACAAAACCUGACAUAACAAUGGCCUAUAUAUAAUACCUACAUUUUUCUUCAACAUGAAAUCUGGAAACUAUUUUGUUUUACCCUUUCUGUCAUCACAUUCAAACUAAGGUUGAAAUGGGAAGUUAGUUUUGAACAUUUAGCUGCAUAAUGUUUGACAGGACUUUUUCUGUGACUGCAGCUGAAAAGGGGCGUUGGGGUAGCCUAGUGGUUAAAGCAUUCGUUCAUUACGCCGAAGACCUGGGUUCGAUUCCCCACAUGGGUACAAUGUGUACAGCCCAUUUCUGGUGUCCCCUGCUGUGAUAUUGCUGGAAUAUUGCUAAAAGCGGCGAAAACCAUACUCACUCAGAAGCUGAAAACUUAUUGACACACGUUGGUGCUUCAGUAGUUAAAGCAUUUGCUUCUGGUCAACAUACACAUGUCAUCGGUUCCCAAUUGCGCAGAUCGAUGCUCAUGCUGUUGAUCAUUGGAUUGUCUGGUCCAGACUUGAUUAUUUACAGACCGCCGCCAUAUUGCUGGAAUAUUGCUGAGCGCGGCAUUAAUAACAACAAACAAACCCUUUUGACAUAUCGGAUGAUGACUGCCGGCGUUAAGGGCGAUGGGAUUACUACUGGUUAAAGCGUUCGCCCGUCACGCCGAAGUCAUUGGUUCGAGUGCGGCAUAAAACUAAACUCACUCACUCACUCACUCUGGUCAACAUCCUUGGUUUCAUUUCCCCACUGGUGCAGUAUGUGUAGCUUUUGGGUCUUGUUAAUCCUAUUGCUGAACAUUGUGUUUUCUUUCCUUUCAACAAAUUCAGAUUGAGUGUAACUAAACAGAUCCUUUCCCAGAAUGUCAUGGUUAGCACCUGAUGUAAUGUGGAUCAUCCUUAACUUUCUCAUCUUCUGUGAUAUUCUGGUUCACGCUUUUACAGCUUUACAGGCAGUUUGCUGGUACAAGAAUGCACUUGAAUAUUGCUGUUUGACAUGAGAAAAUUAACUGCAGAGAUUAUCAAUAUAAGUAUUUAAUAUUAAAUAUUUAUCUCAUAAUAGUGUAUGUUUAUGUUCAUACUGAUAAGUCAUUUAUUAUGCAUGAUAAAGUAAUCAUGUGAUUAUUGAUCAGCAUAAGUUGGUCGGUGAGUGGUGAGAGUGUUAGCUUACCAUGCCCUCAGUCUGGUUUUUUCAUUUAUCUCUUCCUUGUCUACUUUGAAAUCUGUGGGCACAUGCUGCUUUAUGAGAGUUUGAUAGAAUUGUUGGCAAAGUAUCUGGGCUCACUGUAGCUAUAAAAGCAUUACCAAACAAACUGGUAUGUUGUGUUGAUUUACAAGAUUCUUUGGAUGAGAAGUUGUUUUGUUUGAGAAAAUGUUUGUACCCUCAUUUUGUUUACAUGAUAUUGUCAUGCCAUUUGCUAAAAUCUUGUAAAGGAGUCUUUUUCUGUGUAAGCAAGUUAGUCAUUAGUGAAAGAAUAUAUUAUUUGUCAACCUUCUUGAAGAUUAAGAAUUAACAUACAUGUCAAAUGUAGUGAAUUGAUCAUAUUUAUUUUGAAAACUUUGAUGGUUUACAUGUUGUUAAACUCUGACAAGUUCUGUUAUAUAUUCUGUUUACUUUGUUUUUUUCUGGGAAGGUGAUGCAUUUGUUGACAUAAUGAAUGUAAAUUAAAACUUCAAACAGUU